GGAUUUUGUGCAGUAAACACACAGUGUUUGGAAAGUCGCCCAUAACCUGUUUCCUCGUGGUCAUUUGUGAACUACACAAAAUGGAUUUUAUCAAUACUAUAUCAAGCCUCUGCCCGAAAAAAAAACUUACCUUGAUGUGUUGACGGGUUAUAUAUCUUUACUCAGGUAACGUUCGCCUUAGAAGCAGGGCACGAUUAUUUUUUUUUAUUUAAAAUUAAGUAGCGGCAAUUGGUGAUUUAACUUUGCCAGAUACAGACUACCUGUGAGUUAUUCCUGAUCCUACCUGCAUCUGAUGACACCUGGACCAUAUAUAAUUUGCCAGAUUUUAGAUUCUUGUGGAAAAUAGAGUGUUAAGACAAUGGGUCAGUGAGAUUAGUUUGUUCUUGGAAAUUGAUGCAAGUUUUGAACGAUGAUUGGAAUUGAUAAUACAUUAUUAUUGACGGUGCCUUUGACCGUCGGAUUUUUUCUGGCCCUGGAAUGUGAGGGUGCGUCCUACCCUGGGGUCUCUGUAUUCCUCAGCCACAGGGACAGGAAAAUGAACGUGCAGUAUUUCAACGAUCUACGGAGAGACAUCAGGGCGGCUGAUAUGAAUGAAUUAAGGUGGGACUUGACAAUGGCUAAAGAAUCUCGCAGACUUGGGCGAUCCUGUGAUUUUGAAAGUAGACCAGACAGUCGAUACUCUUUAGCCCUUUAUAAACAGUUGUUUGACCCUACAGCUCGACCAGGGGAGAUUAUCAUGAAUGCUAUUCGAUUUUGGGCCUCACAGAAAUCAAACUUUACAAGAUUUGGCUGGCAGUCUUGUGAAGCACAAAACACCUGCGAAUAUAUUAAGAUGAUCACUGCAACUUCAAACAAUGCUGCAUGUUCCCUUACACGCUGUUCAAGCAUGCGCAAUCAGCGAAAGGACGAAGAAGCAAAUAUGUAUUUUGUUGUUUGCUUAUUUUCUCCGACAACAGUGACAGCUCGUCCGCCAUAUUCACUAGGCCGGAAGUGUUCCAGGUGUCCACUAUACUCAACGUGUCGCCGUGGUCUCUGCUCUUUGGAUGGAAGAAAAUUUUUGAAUGCAACAAGACCUUCAUCAAGAGACAGGAAUAGAAUCAUAAAACCUUUCGGAGAUGACAAAUCUUCACACACCAAGGGGAGAAUACUCCAGGGGUAUAGGUAUCUAGAUAGCAAAGGCAACAUCCGGAUCCGGCAGACCCCCAGGUAUCUGGCCCAGAAAGGCAGAAGACCAAGUUACAUAGAAAGACCUACAACCCACAGACGAAAACAAUAUCGACUUAGUCAACAGAGGGCAGCAACUACGGCAUCAAGAGGGCGCUCAUCACAAGCUGCAAGAGUUAAACGACAAACAAGGAGGGAUGACUAUCGAUAUCAACUGUUGCUGAGGAGAAGAGAGGAACAACGCAGGCGCGAAGAAGAGAGAGAAAGGCAAGAACGAGAGCACAGGCGUAAUCUGUUAGCACAACAACUCAGAGAGCGAACUGCAGCCAUACGAAAGAGUGAGGACGAAGACAGACGUCUUCAUGAGGAACAAAGAAGGAAAUUGGAGGAGUUGAGACGCCAGAGGGAAGAGGAGCGUCUACAAGCGGAACUUGAGCGUCGGAGAGAGGAGGAGAGACGUCGACGGGAAAGACAGCGGGAAUUAGAACGACGUCGACAAGAGCGGAGACGAAACAGAUACGCGCCAGCUAGAAUUGAAAGUCCAAUGAACAGUACGGACAAGGUUCGUCUGACUCAGGUUCAUAAUACACUCAGAGGAACCGGCAUGUCGGAUCUGAAAUGGAACAAUCACUUGGAGCGCUGGGCGCGGUAUGUAAUCCGAUGUGAGAUUGAAUAUCCUGGACCGAUUGACACCUUCACAAAUUUUGGAAAAAUAGACAAGUCUAGCCAGGCAUACAACAUAGUUUAUGACUGGGGGGCAGAAGGAAAUGACGUAUUUCAAAGACUGACUUCCGGUUGUCGUACACCUGAUGACAGAGAACGAUGUAAUCACAACGUCAUAAUCCGAAAUCCAUUCAUUAGGAAUUUUGCUUGUGCAAGUUUGGACUGUGUUGAUAAAACACAGCUGACUUGUAUCUACAAAUAAUUCUCAGGGCUGAUUAAUCGGUUUAGCGAAAUCUAGGAAUGAAAUAUUCAAGAUACGAUCAUCUAAAUGGGUUGUCUGAGAAGAUAUUCGUGUACUGCCCGAACUGUUGCAGAAUUGCAGGGAUACGAUAUAUAUUGUAUGUGAUAUUAUUCCGAAAGAGUGAUAUUAGAAUGUAGUUUUGAUUACAUGCUAUGAAGUGUUCAAUAUUUCGAGCUAAAAUCACUAUUUUUGUAUAGAUAUAUUUAUUCUUUAUAUAGGAGUGUAUAUGUGUAUGAUAUAAAUAU